AUGACAAAUACGAUUAUUCCAAAAGAACGCUCAGCUUAUAAUAUAAGUGAGGCUAAAAAAUCUAUAGUAGGAUUAUGUUACACAAUAGAGGCUGUUGACACUAUGUCAAUUCUGGGGUACUCGGUAUGUGCUAAGACUGUAGAAGCAUAUAGAAAAAAAAUUAAAAAUGAAUAUUCAGCAAAAAUCGAAAAAUAUUUUUUAGAAAAUAAUAAUUUGUUUCAUGUUUUUAAUAUCGAUGACUACUAUGCAAUUCAUGAGAAUCGUAGACCUGACACAGUUUCAACAUCAACUGCUAAUCAUUUUGCUACUUGUGUAGCAAAACUGAUUUUAGGGUAUGAGUCGAUUCCAAUUAUAUUUAAUGGUGUAUCAAUAUAUAAUCUAGUAAAUGUAGAAGCAUCAAGGAUUUGUUGGUACUUACUAAACAGAUAUACUGGAAAAUUUGAUAUAUCAUAUUUAGAUAGACAGCUAUGUAGAAAUUCACAAGGUUUAGUUUAUAAUAAUUUUGACUCUAUCGAAAUUCUAAUGGUACAUAGUUAUGCUGACAAUAUAGAAGCAAACAAGGAAGAAUGA